AGAAAAGAAAUAUAGUCUCAGUAGUAAAGCUGUUGCCACUUUCAUCUUUGAACGCACAAGCCACACAACCUGUAAAGCCAUCGUGGUGGGAUCUGCUGGAAGGAUUUAUCUGCAACCUGAGAACUACAACAACAAUCAGAUAUACGGUUUUCUGGCGGGGAAGCGAUGGCGACUCCUUCUACUUCUGCUCAGCCGUUGUCAAUCACGCCGCGUUCUAGGGUUCUUAGAAGCCCUCUCAGUGACGAUGAGAUCUGGUUGCGCCUUAAACGAGCCGGCUUCGACGAGGAGUCGAUUAAACAGAAGGACAAGGCCGCGCUUGUCGCCUAUAUCGCCAAGCUCGAAGCUGAGGUCUACGAUCAUCAGCAUCACAUGGGCCUUCUCUUAUUGGAGAGAAAAGAAUUGGCUUCCAAGUAUGAGCAACUUAAGGCUUCAACUGAGUCUUCUGAGUUGUUACAUAAACGUGAUUUAGCUGUGAAGUUAUCUGCUUUAGUUGAGGCAAGGAAACGAGAAGAAAAUUUGAAAAAGACAGUAGAAGUGAAAAAAGAGUGUAUAGCUAGUCUUGAGAAGGCCUUGGGUGAGAUGCGUGCUGAAUGUGCUGAAACAAAAGUUGCAGCUGAUAGUAAAUUUGCUGAAGCCCAUUGUUUGAUAGAUGAAGCUCAGAGGAAAUUUACAGAGGCUGAGGCCAAAGUGCGUACUGCUGAAUCUUUACAAGCUGAAGCCAGUCGAUAUAACAAUGUUGCAGAAAGGAAGCUUAGGGAUGUUGAAGCACGUGAAGAUGACCUUCGGCGGCGUAUCAUAUCUUUCAAGUCGGAAUGUGAUGAAAAAGAGAAGGAGAUGGUUCUUGAGAGAAAAUUGCUUUCUGAAAGGCACGAUAUUUUGAAGGAAGAACAGGAAAGGUCACUUGAAGCGCAAGCUUCUCUCAAUGAGAGAGAGGAUCACAUUUUCAAUAGAUCUCUGGAGCUAAAACAGCUUCAGAAAGAGUUAGAGGACUUGAAAGUGAAAAUUGAAAACCAGCAAAGAGCUCUUCAUGAUGAGAAAACCAAACUGGAGCUCAUGGAGACCACCCUAACACAAAAAGAAGAGGCACUCACUAAACAGGAAACUGAGCUGACUAAGAAAGAGCAGGAGUUGGUUAGCUAUCAAGUGAAGCUUGCCAGCAAAGAAUCAGAUGAAGUUCAGAAAGUUAUAGCUGAUCAGGAAGCUACAUUACUGUCAAGGAAAUGUGAUUUUGAAGCUGAGCUACAAUUGCUGCGUAAAUCAGUUGAAAAUGAGAUUGAGACUAAGAGACGGGCCUGGGAAUUGAAGGAAGUUGACCUAAAGCAACGAGAGGACCAAAUCCAGGAAAAGGAGCAUGAGUUGGAAAUUCUGUCAAGAUCUUUGGAGGAGAAGGAGAAGGACCUUGGGGAGUUGUCGAUUGUUCUAGAAGAAAGAGAUCAAAAGCUGAGAGCUGCUGAGAAUGAGUUUGAGUCAAAGAAAACCCUUUUAGAUAAGGAGAAAGAAGCGAUUGGCAAAACAAAGGAAGAUCUUGUGAAGUCUUUGGAUUCAUUGGAGAGUAAAAGAAGGCAAGUUGAUCAUGCAAAAGAGAGAUUAGAGGCCAUGAAAACUGAAAAAGAUGACUUGUCAGUUUUGGAAGUUAAACUAAAGGAAGAGCUUGACCUUGUAAGAAAUUUGAAGUCAGAGCUAAUAGCUGAGGCAGAUAGGCUGAAAGUUGAGAAGGCAAAGUUUGAAGCUGAGUGGGAACUCCUUGAUGAAAAAAAGGAAGAGCUGGUGAAAGAAGCAGAAUUCUUAGCAGAAGAAAAGAUGUCAGUUUCAAGGUUUAUUAAGGAUGAACGUGAAAAGCUACGACAAGAAAAAAAUGAAAUGCAUGAGCAGUACAGCAGAGACUUAGAGUCACUUGCCCGUGAGCGAGAAGAAUUCAUGAACAAGAUGGCACAUGAACAUGCUGAGUGGUUUUGCAAGAUGCAGCAAGAGCGGGCAGAUUUCUUAAAGGACAUUGAGAUGCAAAAGAAGGAGUUGAAUAACCUAGUGGAGAAGAGGCGUGAAGAAGUGGAAAGUUACUUGAAGGAAAGAGAAAAAUCUUUUGAUGAAGAGACAAAAAAUAAACUCCAAUACGUUAGUGCUCUUGAGGAGAAAGCAAAAAAGGAGAUGGAACAUGUUUCCUCUGAGCUGAAAAGGCUUCAUGAUGAGCGAACAGAAAUAAACUUGGAUCGUGAACUGAGAAAUAGGGAGUGGGCUGAAUUAAAUAAUUGCAUUGAGGAACUCAAGGUUCAAAGUGAUAAACUGCAAAAACAGAGAGAGCUAUUGCAUGCUGAUAGAAUCCGAAUUAAUUCUCAGAUUGAAGAAUUGAAAAAGUUGGAGGAUUUGAAAAUUGCCUCCGAUGAUCUUGCGAUUGUUGAAAUGCUAAAAUCUGAUAUGGAGGCUAACCAGCAGAAGAUCUCUGCACUGAAAAAUUUGAAGCAGCAAAAUCUUAUGCAAGGUGAUGGUUUCAGCAAUGAGUUAAAAACUCCAGCUGUACAGAAGUCAGCAUCUGUUUCUUCUUCUAGCCCUGUUCGGUUUUCAUGGGUCAAGAGGUGCACUGAACUAUUUUUCAGAUCUCAUCCUGAUCAAUCUCCAACAGAAGACAAGGAUAAACCUCUGGUUUCUGGUUCGUAUCAUGAUGGCCGUAAGCAGAAGCUCUUAGAAAAUAACAAACCACUUGGUGAUCAUAAUGAGAGAGAAGAAAUGAGGUUUUCUCUUGGAGAACCAAAAGUGAUUGUAGAAGUACCCCCAAUUGCUGAAGAUAUGAGCAGGGCAAGUCAUUUUGAAUCUAAAAUUAAUGAAGAUGUGAAUGUAAAAUCUGUUCCUUCAUUCCAGGAUGGACGUCGUGUGAGUAGACGUAAAAGAGGUAGCGGGAAUUCUGCUACUAACGUUGAUUCCCUUGUAGAUCUGAGGAAGAAUAAGAAACUGAGACCAGAAGAACCUGUGACUGAUGAUCCUCUAGAUCAGAGCAUUUCCUGUAGCGUGAUUUCAACUCAAUCAGAUGUAACAAAGGCCCAGCUGGUGCUGCCAUCCUCACAUGAAUCACAAGGGAACUCAAAGGAUACUCAUAUAGUAAUGGUAGAUAAGGUGAUACAUUUUUCAGAAGUUAUCCGUGAGAAAGUUGAUGCCGUUAAUAUCCCCAGCCAAGGAACACAGGUUUGUAUAGAGAAUCAUAAAUCAGAAGUGAAUCAAGGUGGUCUUCAUCGGAUAGUGAAUGAUCGUUCAAAUUCUCAAACCGAAGACAUAGAUAUUUUACAUUCUGGUUCAAGUGUGUUGGGAAAAACAGAAGAAAUUUGCAAAGAAAACACUGGACAAGUUACCGAUCACUGCUAGGAAUUGUAGCGAAUGGAAAUGGUGACUGGUACUGAAAAUUGAGGUUGUUAGAAUAGAAGUAUAUUGUGUGUAUAAGGGCAUUUGAUUUGAAGGAGAUUUGAAAGGGGGGUUCUUCUUUUGUUGUCAUCUAUGGUAAAUAUUAAUGCUUUGUCCUCAUCUUAUGUGAGCAAAUGCAAUUAUGGUUGGUAGGCUAGUGAUAUUUUAGUUAUAAUGGGAAUGCAUUGCAGUUCGAGAAGAGGAGAGUGAAAAGAAAUGUAGUGAGGUUUGGAACAGAAAAAUAAAAAAAAUAUUGGGAGGAAAAGGAGAUGCUCUGGCUUUUGAAAGAGCACCUUGUUAUUGUAACACAGCGUGUUGGCUUUGAUUGAGUUUGCGUCGUGGUCUUGUUUGUCAUUUUGAAAUUCUAAUGUGUUUCUGACCCAACGACGAAGUCACAGUGUAGCUGUUAUGUUUAUAAUAGUGUUGUGUUUUUGCUCUUUAGUAAA